CACAACCCAAUUGUCGUCGGCCACUGCUCUUCCACUUGCAGUCUUCCGUCGCCCUCGCCCCUCGCCCAGGCACAGCCGCACAGCAAGCAUAGCCGCCACCGCCAGUCGCCACUGCUCAGCUCGGCGCUCCAUGGCGUGCCCCCAAAUUCCGUGACGGCGUGACUCGUCUUCCUCCUUUCCUCUCUGCCGGGCUGCACGUGCAGACCACGGACGAACACACUGCCCCCAAGGCCCCAAUCCAGAUAAACUCCAGUGCGCUUGGUUGGUGAGGAUAAAUAAACAGGAAGAACCAGAUGCCAAACGGAUAGCAAAGAGGAUUCUAGAAUACGUCGGGAAUCAAGUUGCCACAAGCCACGACAACUUCCGCAGUCAUAGUAAUUAACCCCCAACAAAAUUAUAGCUGCAAAAUCACAGAGACUACCCUGCCACGAGUUAAUAGCAAGCAGCUUUGCUGGGGUCUGAUACACACAGCCUUCUUCUAUGCUCGAGAGCAAUAAAACUUUUCUCCCACAGCACCUCUCGACGGAACAUGACUAUGCAGAUGAUCCUGGUGGGCGUGGCUCUAAGAAGAGCAGCACCGCGACGUAAGGCCGCCAGAAUUUGUUGCUGACACUUGAAUGGACUGUCUCUCUCUGAGGUUACCAGACCCCAAACCAGACUCCUCCGAAGACAGGGGCUUCUUGCUGAUUAUCCGGUAGAUCUCGGCUAGAACGGUGUGGAAGGCCUUCUCCACAAUUCAGAAUCUGCUUUUAGUGCGGGUGGUCAUGUACUUGUGUUUUUGUGAUAUUUAUAAACUUUGUUGUAUUGUGAUAUUUUCAUAUUGAUAUGGUUACCGAUUGUAUUUUAGAUUCCGACCGAUACCGAUGUAUUUUUUGUACCGAACUUCUGUUUCCGAUGAUUCCGAAAUACCGAUGUCGUUUCCGUUUCCGGAAUUACCGUUUCCGAUUUCAUUUCCGAUAAAAAUAUGAAAACGGUAACGGUUUUAGUGUUUUCCGAUCGUUUCCGACCGUUUUCAUCCCCGCUGUCCCUGGCCUUGGGCCGAAUAACCCCGCACUCGGCUACGGCCGUCGUUCUCAUCCGUUCCUUCACCCUGCGUGUGCUCUCUUUCCUCCCAUCUCUCUCCGACUAGCCGAUCACUGGGUGGGCUACCGCCGCCGCCACCCUGCGCCAGGUGCCGAGGCCUUCGUCGGUCUCUUCUCCGGCGACGAGCACCCACCAGAGUAAGCAGCUGCUGUCGAAGUGUACAUGAGCAAUGGUUUGUGUUGGGUCCAAGGCAAUUAGACCCAAGGGGAGCACAAUAAAUGGCUUGGGAGAUGGAGCUUUAGACGAUAGCUCACACAAGAAGAGGACAAGGAAGGAUACGAGCGAGAAACACGGGAAAGGGGGUCACAGCUCAAGUAAAGGACCUUCUGUAGGGAAACCUCGGCAUGUGAAGGAUAGGAAGCAGAGGAAAGAUGAUGGGAAGAAAGGGAAGGGUCGACGAAAGGACCAUCAUUCAGGAAGCUCCGUGAUGGUGAAUCCCAGGACGAAGAACCUCAACAAUCAGGAUGCGGUACCAUCCUCCGAUACAUCAAAACCAGUACAAAAUGUUCUUAGGAAAAGAGUUGAUCCUGAAACUGCAAAGUACUUUAUGGAGAUCUCAAACCUCUUUGAUAACAAGGAGAUUGAUUUUGAAGAGCGCUCAACUAUAUGCGCUAAUGCCUUAGAAGAAACUAGAGGGAAAGAGCAUGAACUUGCCACUGAUGCUGUUAUAAGCCACACCUUGCAGGUUCUUAUAGAAGGCUGUGAGUUAGAGCAGUUAUGCACAUUCCUACGCAAUUGUAUCGACUAUUUUUCGGUCAUUGCCGUGGACAAAAAUGGGUCGCAUGUGGCUGAAGCAGCUCUCAAGUCACUCGCAACACAUCUUGAAGAUGAAGCCUCCAGGGCCAUGAUAGAAGGGAUACUGAACAAAAUAUGCAAGGUUAUUGCUGUGGAUGCUGUUACUGUGAUGUCCAGCUGCUAUGGUUCACAUGUUCUCCGCACUCUACUUUGUCUUUGUAAGGGUGUUCCAUCAGAUUCACUACAAGACUUCCAUACUACUAAGAGAUCUUCUGUUCUAGCUGAGCGGCUCAGUUGUGGGACAAAUCAGUCUAGUCGACAUGUUCCAAAGAAUUUUGAAAAUGGUUUCUCAGGCAUGUUUAGGUCUUUUGUCAGAGAAAUGCUACAUAAUGCAAAAGCUGACAUUGCAACUUUACGAGUUGACAAGAACAGUAGCCUUGUUUUACAGACUGCACUGAAGCUAUCGUCUGGUGAUGAUAAUGAAUUGCAUCAUAUAAUAUCAAUACUUCUUGGUUAUGAUGAAUAUAAAACUGUACAGACGAGAGAUUACAGUGAAAAAAUGGACGAGAUUGUUACUUUACUUGAAGAAAGUGCUUAUAGUCAUCUCUUGGAGGUGAUUGUGGAGGUUGCCCCAGACGAAUUGCGCAAUGGUAUGCUUGCACGUAGUCUGAAGGGUGCAUUAUUUGCAAUCUCAUCUCACCACUGUGGUAACUAUGUGGUGCAAGCUUUCAUAUCAUCUACUAAAACCUCAGAUCAGAUGAAUCAAAUAUGGGAGGAACUUGGUCCAAACAUGAAGGAAUUGCUUGAACUAGGUAAAACAGGGGUUGUAGCUUCCAUGUUAGCGGCAUGUCAGCGGCUUGAAACUUAUCGCCUUGAGAGUUCUCAAGCUCUUGCUGCAGCGUUAAGUUCAGAUUCUGAGUCUACUAAGAGCAUUGUUGCACGUAUACUUUUUCUUGAGAACUACCUACAUGAGAGAUCUAAUUGGAAAUGGAUUCUUGGUGCAAAAAUGAGCAUUCUGGGUUGCUUGAUGCUGCAAUCUAUUUUCCAGUACCCGCAUCAAUAUAUUCGCCCAUAUGUCGCAAGCUUGCUGGCCAUGGGGGAUGAUCAGAUCCUCCAAAUUUCCAAGGAUUCAGGAGGUUGCCGUGUUCUUGAGUCUUUUCUAGGUUCAAGUGCCACUGCAAAGCGUAAAUUUAAUGUUUUUGGAAAGUUGCAAGGUCAUUAUGGAGAUAUUGCUAUGAAUCCUUCUGGCUCAUUCUUAGUAGAGAAGUGCUUUACUGCCAGUAACUUUUCUCAUAAAGAGGCUAUAGUGGCAGAGCUGUUGGCUGUGCAAUCUGAUCUAUCUAAAACAAGACACGGGUUCCACUUGCUAAAGAAGCUGGAUGUCGAUAGAUAUGCUAGGCGACCUGAGCAGUGGAGGGCUAGUCGAACUUCAAAAGAAACAACCCAAAAAAAGUUUGAGGCAGAAUUUGGCUCAAACAGUCAAUCUACUGGGCAGAUUGUUAAAGAAAAGUUCUCUCAAAGUCGCACGAAGAAGCGUAAGCAGAAAGAGAAGGUUGACAAAAUUACUGAGGAUGCCAGGAGCAACAAACCAGACUUCUCUCAGAAAGGAAACAGUAAGAGGCCAAAAUCUGGCAACGCAACUUCUGAGAACCCCCUGAGUGAAGGUGCUAGUGCUAGCAUGGUGUUCUUGAAGGGCUCUGUCAAGAGGAAGUCCCCAGGUUUCCUUUCAGAUAAACCGAGCUUCAAGAAACAAAAACCUCACAAACCCGAUUCUGGUAGACCAGACGGCAAACGUUUUGUUCGAGAUAGUGAUACUAGCGCACCGUUCGUCAAGAAUGCCGGCAAACAGAAACAGUCCAUUGCUGAGCUCGCGGACCUGGCUGGUAAGGAGAAGCUGACUGCGUCUGAAGUUCGCAAAUUGCUGAAGCCUGAAAUGUCAGGCAAGAGCUAAUGAGUUUAGGGUGAGCAGAGGCAGCAAUUUUGUUGGUCGUUUUUCCUCGUAUGUUGCGGAAAGAAACUGUGGCACGUGAUAUGGGUUUGUUUCAGUAGAAACGUAUUCGUGAUACCUGUCCUGAUACCGGUUUCUCUUGCUAGCGAAUCUCUUUGGCUUUGCAUAUGUUUGUUUGA